AUGACUUCCAGCCAGGUCGAGGUGCCCGGCGGCGUGAAGGCCGACCCGGCCGCCCUGAUGGCCUCCCUGCAUCUGCUGCCCUCGCCCGCCCUCAACCUGGAGGUCCAGCACACCAAGAUCUUUAUCAACAACGAGUGGCAGAAUUCCGAGAGCGGGAAAGUCUUCCCUGUGCACAACCCUGCGACCGGAGAGCAGAUCUGCGAGGUGCAGGAGGCGGACAAGGCAGACACAGACAAAGCCGUGCGGGCGGCUCGCCUGGCCUUCUCCCUGGGCUCGGUGUGGAGACGGAUGGACGCUUCGGAGAGGGGGCGCCUCUUGGACCGGCUGGCGGAUCUGGUGGAGAGAGACAGAACGCUCCUGGCUACCAUGGAGUCGCUGAACGGCGGGAAGCCCUUCCUGCAGGCUUUCUACGUGGACCUCCAAGGCGUCGUCAAGACCCUGCGGUAUUACGCCGGCUGGGCAGACAAGAUUCACGGGACCACCAUUCCUGUGGAUGGCGACUAUUUCACCUUCACCAGACACGAGCCAGUUGGGGUGUGUGGACAGAUCAUUCCGUGGAACUUCCCCCUCCUGAUGUUUGCGUGGAAGAUCGCCCCGGCCCUCUGCUGUGGCAAUACCGUGGUCAUCAAGCCAGCCGAGCAGACCCCCCUCACGGCGCUCUACAUGGGAGCCCUCAUCAAGGAGGCCGGGUUUCCGCCGGGAGUGGUCAACAUUUUGCCAGGAUUUGGGCCCACCACGGGCGCAGCGAUCGCUUCUCACACGGGCAUCGACAAGAUUGCCUUCACGGGGUCCACCGAGGUUGGGAAGCUGAUCCAAGAAGCCGCGGGGAGGAGCAACUUGAAGAGGGUGACCCUGGAGCUGGGGGGGAAGAGCCCCAACAUUAUUUUUGCAGACGCAGAUUUGGACCACGCCGUCGAGCAGGCCCACCAAGGGGUCUUCUUCAACCAGGGUCAGUGCUGCACGGCCGGCUCGCGGGUCUACGUGGAGGAGCCCAUCUACGAGGAGUUUGUCCGGAGGAGCGUCGAGCGGGCCAAGAGGAGAGCGGUGGGGAGCCCUUUCGAUCCAGCCACGGAGCAAGGCCCACAGAUCGACAAGAAGCAAUACAACAAGAUCCUGGAGCUGAUCCAGAGCGGCAUCACCGAGGGUGCCCGGCUGGAGUGCGGCGGCAAAGGCCUGGGCCGGAAGGGCUUCUUCAUUGAGCCCACCGUCUUCUCCGACGUGACCGACGACAUGCGCAUCGCCAAGGAAGAGGUGGGCGCCUGCAGGCCUGGCGAGACCCUGGAGCGUUGCCCUUUCAUCCCAAGCAAACGUGUGGUACGUCCCGUCCGCGUUGGGGACCACUCCCCCGUGGAAGGCAUCCUGCCACCAGACCUCCCCGUCCUUCUUCCAGACGGCAUCGAUCUCCCUGGGGUAGAAGCCGUAGGCCCGGCAGACGAGGCGCUCCAGGCCGUCGUGGGCCACCCGGCGCCCCACCCGCACCACGGGAGGCUCUGGGGGGGCGACAGCAGCCAUCGGCACGCGGUCCCUUUCUGGGGGCAGCAGUCCAGCAGGGGCCGAGGGGCUCCCCAGGGGCACCCGCUGCCAUGUGGGCCUCUGCAGCCUCCUCGGCCUGUGGCCGUACCCUGCCUCAGGGGGGCCUUCUGCCCUCUUGCCAGUGACGGGGUUCCUGAUUCCACUUCUGUCCUCUGCUUGGUCCCUAGGGGCGAGUGCGGACUGCGGGAGUAUUCCGAAGUGAAGACGGUGACGAUAAAGAUCCCCCAGAAGAACUCGUAAGAAGAGAGGCGAAGAGGAGGAGGAGACCCAAGUGGCUGCGGCCCCGCCACCCUUGGGACUCCUUCGCGGGGACACCACGUGCACUCAGGAAUUGUAAAGAGAAUUUUUUAAAGAAAACCCUAGAAUCGCAACCGGGCUCAGAGUUCAAGUCUGCCGCGGGUUCCCUGCAGUCCAGGCCGGUGGGAAACGUCUUCCUCCUUGCCCCAGCCUGGCCGGCUGCCCGGCCCUGAU